AUUGGCACAAGGGUUUUUCUUGCAAUCGUUCCUUGUUCCACGCCUCUAUAUAAAUACAUCAUUUUCUCUCGCCCAUUGCCGCGCCUCGUCGACACUUGUUAGCCACAACAAAAUCCAGCUCUCGCAACAAAAAUCAGUGAUCUUAAGACCUCCCAAUUUUAAACCCUAUGGAUUUCCACAGCCUUACGAGGAGAGAAUUGCAGGCGCUCUGCAAGAAGAACAAAAUCCCAGCUAACAUCACUAAUGUCGCUAUGGCUGAAGCUCUCCAAGCUCUCAAGAUCGUUGAAGGUAUUGAGGAACUAAUGCAGACAUCCCAGUCUGGAACUGCACAAUCCUCAAUGGAAUCACUUGAAAUGGCAGAAGUGACAUCUCCAUUUGUGCCUCCAAUUGCUUCCAGGAGCACACGGCGCACAAACAUCACAAAAGAAGCUCCUGAGAGUGUGAAUCCAACAACCAGGAUUAGCCGUACAACUCGAAAGGCCCAAUUUAAAGAUGCUGAUGUAACAGAAACUCCAGCAAUGUUAGCACAGACUAAAAAGAAAGGUCCGAUGACCUCGGCUUGUAGGAAAAUGGAUUCUCAGUUCAUGGAAUGUGUGGAUGAGGGCAAAAAGGGCACUUUGGUGACCCCUGCAGCUACUAGCAGAAGGAAAAGAGUGGAAGACAGCACAGUUAAAAGUACUUAUAACACGAGGAGGUCGUCAAGGCUAGCCGAGAAGAAUAAUGUGAUGUUGAAUGAGGUUGACAAUGAAGAAUCUCAGAUUUCCAAGAAGAAAUUGGUUGCUUUGGAGAAGAAUCUGAAAUAUGGUGUGGAAGAUUUUACUGAACUCUCGGGCAUUACUGAUGUUGAUGCAAUGACAGGCAUUGAGGAGAAGUUUGAGGAUAAAGAUGAACCAGAAGUUGUUUCAGUUCAAAAGCAGGAAACAUCACUUGGUAAAGAUGAAUCUGGAGAUGUUUCAGGCCAAAAGGUUGACACAUCAACUGGUGAGGAGAUUGAAGAUGUUGAUGCAGUGACAGCCAUUGAGGAGAAGUUCGAGGAUAAAGAUGAAGCAGAAGCUGUUUCAGUUCAAGAGCAGGAAACAUCAAUUGGUAAAGAUGAAUCUGAAGAUGUUCCAGGCAAAAAACUUGACACAUCUACUUAUGAGGAGAUUGAAUUGGGAACCCAUGCUCAAGAGGAAAAAUUCACCAACUUAGAGAAUGAAGAUUGUGGUGAAAACACAGUUAUGCUAUUGACAGCCAGCAACGAAGUUCUUCAACAAUCUAAUGUGUCUCAAGAUGUUUGCAUCUCUGAAGCUGAGACUAUUGUUCAGAAAAACAUUGAAGAAUUAAAAUGUGUGGAAGCAUCUGAAGCUGCUGACUUUGUAAACAAUCUUAAUUUGGAAAGUGGAGUAGCUCAAAAUGUAUGCAACUCUGAAACUAAGACUAUCAAUCAGAAGAACAUUGAAGAACUGAAUAGCAAGGAACGUGAAGCAUCCGAGGAUGAGGCUGCUGACUUCGUUGAAAAUGUUAUUCUCGAGUGUGGAGAAGUUGAUGAAGAUUGCCCUGUUGCGACUCAAUAUGUUUGCCCAUCUGAAUCUGAGACUACAGUUGAGAAGAACAUUGAUGAACUUGAAGCUGAGGAAGGUGAAGCAUCUAGAGUUGAGGAUGCUGAUAGUGUUGAAAGUGAAGAUAACAUUGUAGUUGAUGACAAUGCUGGUUUUCAAAGCAAGGAUGAUGAAGAAUUUGAGAAUGACACAACAAUCGGAGGUUCUGAAGAUGUCCAGGAUUUAAAUGCGACCUUGGACAAACUUACAGUGCUCACAUUGAAGCAAGCUACAGAGGAAUCUAUUUCAGACUUCACUCACCAUUUGGAUAUUUCAGUGCAGCUCAAAGAAAACGAGCAUAACGUGGUAGAAGUUGUUCAACUCGAAACGGAAAAUGCUGCUUAUAUAAUUGCUGAUUCUAAUUUUAUUGACCAUUCGGGUGCUUCAGUACAGCUCAAUGAUGAUGAGCCUAAAGAAACGGACAUUCAUCAAAAUGAAACAAAACCUACUGAUCCAGUGCCGGGAGAUAAAUCAUAUGCUGAUUUCUGUGAGCAGAUUCUAAAAUCUGACUCUGAAAAAUUAGGAACUGAGCCUGAAGAAACUAAUGAGUGCACCAAACUAGAAAGUCCUGUGAGCAAAUCCUUGACGAAAACCAAGAGCAGGGCUUGCUUUUCAGAUAAUAAGGAGAAUUUCAGCAGUGGAGGUAAAUUGAUCAUCGUGAAAGACGAAAGGGCAGUAAAGAAGAAGGUUGAAGAUGCUAAGGAUUUGAAAGACUUGAGCCUGAGAAAGCUCACGAAGAUGUUUAAAGAAAAAUUGGAGAUUUCAAAGAAGGGCAGCCAGAAUGAAAAUGGCAGCGAGGCAAUAACAAGACCAGCUCUGCAGGCAAUUUCUGAAAACAGAUUGGUGGAUGAAACUCAAAACUGAUAUCUUGAUCCUCUCCAUCUUGCAAAACAAUUUUAAGAUUCCAUUUGAUUACGCAACUUAAUAGUUUUCAUUUUCAGAUGGAUUUUUUGAACCUUCUUGGUUUUUGCAUAUGAGGACAAAGGAUUUUGAGUUUUGUAAUACAUUACCUCUUUGGUAAUGAGACGUGGUCUACAAUAAGAGCUUACUUUUCUUAUAUGUGUUGGUGUAUACAAUCUGUUUGUUCUAAUAUAUAAAUAGGUGUUGCAAGUUGCAAACGGUGACACUUGUGCCAAUAGGUUCUGUUUCUUUAAGAUAAUUUGGUGACCUUGACAGACGUUGAGAAAUAUAUCCAUCGAAAGGUUGGAAUUGUGAAGAAUGUUUUCCAGAUGGUUGAGAUGAAAAAGAAAAAAGGAAACCUUUUAAAAAUUAUUGAGAGGAUGCUUGGAU